CCCGAGCCUCAAGCGGCAGCGGCGGGGGACGCUGCUCUAAGUCCCCACGCUUGGAGCCGAGGCUCCGCUCUGAGCGGUCAGGGGAGAGGAGCGCACUGAGAACUCUGCUUUCUCAAGAGCCCGAGCCCGGCAAAUGGGCGAAUGAGGAAGGAGAGCGGGGACAUGGACUGCUAUCUGCGUCGCCUCAAACAGGAGCUGAUGUCCAUGAAAGAGGUGGGGGAUGGCUUACAGGAUCAGAUGAACUGCAUGAUGGGCGCGCUGCAAGAGCUGAAGCUCCUACAGGUGCAGACAGCGUUGGAACAGCUGGAGAUUUCUGGAGGCACGCCGGCCUUCAGCUGCUCCGAGAGCUCACAGAAACAGCCCGAGUGUCCUCGCUGGCAGGGUAGUGGAGGUCCUGCCAGGCCUGUGGCCUCUCCUUCCUCCAGCCAGACUUCCUUUGACAGCAGCCCCAAGUUUCCAUGCCAUAGGGGUGUCUGUGGGAAGGAUCUUGCUCCCCUUCCCAACAUGCAGCUGCCGGAGGACCAAAACUGUACCCAACAGGGGCUGGAGUGGGUGGAACCAGAUGACUGGACCUCAACGUUGAUGUCACGGGGCAGAAAUCGGCAGCCUCUGGUGUUAGGGGACAAUGUCUUUGCAGACCUGGUGGGCAACUGGCUAGACUUACCAGAACUGGAGAAGGGUGGGGAGAAGAGUGAGACCGGGGGACCCAGGGAGCCCAAAGGAGAAAAAAGCCAGUCCCGGGAGCUGGGUCGCAAGUUUGCCCUAACAGCAAACAUUUUUAGGAAGUUCUUGCGCAGCGUGCGGCCUGAUCGAGACCGGCUGCUCAAGGAGAAGCCAGGGUGGAUGACGCCCAUGGUCUCUGAGUCACGAGCCGGACGCUCGCAAAAAGUCAAGAAGAGGAGCCUUUCCAAGGGCUCGGGACGGUUCCCUUUCUCAAGCACGGGAGAGCCCAGACACAUUGACACCCCCGCCACCAGCAGCCCCAAGGCCUUAGAACCCUCCCGUGGGGGCUUUGACAUUAACACAGCUGUCUGGGUCUGAAUUUGAGAGACACUGGCUGAACCUAAAAGGCGGCCUCUCUGGGCCCUGGGGGGAGAGGGAGGGCAGAUGGCGUGGUCUUCAGGCCAGAUGCAAGUUCCCAUCCUCAGAAAGAAAGGAAAGCAGAGUUCUUAGGUCUCACUAGAACAGUGGGGAGAGACUGUUAUAGGGCAGGCUGAGGUAAGAGUCCCUGGAAAGAGUGUGUGUGUGUGUGUGUGUGUGUGUGUGUGUGUGUGUGUGUGUGUGUUCUUUUGAGGAUGAAUGUGAGGGUAGUUGGGAGAGAGGCAGGGGAGGAGCCCAGACCCAGCCUGCAUUCCUCUAUUGCCUUCCCAAGACCUCAGCUGAACAUUCUAUAUGGAAAGGGACACCGAGCCCUCUGGUUUCCCUGAGGAAUUCCCAAUAAAGGCCUGUCUCAGGGGUCCCCAACCAUUUUAAUGGUCUGCUUCCCUGACAUUUCUUUUAAGGGCUGGUCUCUCAGGAUGGAGCACCAGAGAGUGAAUUCCCUACACACAGCCCUUCCUAGUACCAAGAUUUCAGCCCAUAGCUGGGUGCUGGGUGCUAGGACUGGAACAAGCAGGUGUGUGUGUGUGUGUGUGUGUGUGUGUGUGUGUGUGUGUGUGUGGUGAGGAAGCCUGAGAUGCUCUUGCAUCUCCAAAGUGCAGAGGAGGAGCAAUGUGCCUUCACGCAGGUGCCGUCUCAUGAAUCCAAGUAGACAUGCCCGCUUUCCAGAUGGAGCAGCAGUCUCCAAGGUGUCCAAGAACACACGGCUGGUAGGGGGCAAAACAGGUGAGGGCAACCUCAGGGUUAUUGCUGGACCCUGGAGUCACAUACUGCCUGGCUGAGCAGCGGGUCCCCAGCCUGACUCCUGUUGCCCGCCUUAAUGCUCCUGCAGGGCGGCAGAUGCUUGGGGUGAGCCCAGAAACAGCCCUCAUACAUUAAAAAAAUCCCUAGUCCGCAUCUCGUAGUCACCCAGAGAAUCGAACGAGUCCCGGCCUCAUCUACCCUCAUCACCCUGGAAGUCAACCGGGGACCCCCUGAGUGAGGUUGAUGCCAGGCAUGUAGUGUAGUGAGCCGGCAAGCAAGUCCAGGGCCGCCUGGGUCCAUGGAGGGGCCAUCUUGGCCCUCCCUCCUUGGCCAGAAGAGAACAAAGUAGGUCCCUGUUCGAGCCCAGCCACCCCGGAGGGCGGCUUAGCUCCUCCCUCACCCCCUCCCGCAGACCCAGCUCAGCUUGAUGGGGUGUGACAACUGCAAUUAGAGGCGAGCCGCCUGCUCCCCCCAGAGCAUUAAGAGCAAAUUGGAGAAGAAAACUAACAAGAGAAGCUCUUCUGCCUGCAGCCUGGACCCCCAGGGGACCGAGUGGGGGAAGGGGGGAGGUAACAGCAGCUGUGGGGAGGGUCACCUGAAAGUUCCCACGCAGACAAAUGAUAGAUGGUUACUUUUUUAAGUGGGGAAAGGGUUUUCUUUUCUUUUUUUUUUUUUUUUUUGCCAGGCAGUGUGCCCAUCUCUUUGAGACCUAGAAUGACCUGGAAUCAUUUUCCCGAUAAAUCAAUGGGUCAAAGAGUCAUGGCAUGCCAGCUGCCCAGAUCAGGCUGCUUGCAAAAGAAAGCAGCUCCCAGUUUGGAUCCCUGGGCACCAGGCCUAUCUACCUUGGCCUGGAGUCUGUCAGCUGGGCUCACUCUUUCUGGCCAAGCGGGUCCUUGUCCAUCCUGCCUCCCCUGAAUUUCUUUGACUGUGGCUGCCUUUGGUGGCUGCAGCAAUGUGUGUAGAAGAGGAACAUGUGAAAAACUUACACCCUGAUUCCUGAAGGGUGGAACACUCCUGAAAUUAUUUAAGAGGGCAUGAACUAUGAUCGUAUAGGAAGCCAAGCCACUUCUUCACCAUCCAUGUGCAACUCAUUUGUUUUGUGGACUAGGGGUAGUUAACAUUGUUUAAAUCAGCUAACACGACAGACUCCUCUCCUGCCCGGGCAUUGUGAUGGAAGAUGAUGAAAGAGGAGAAUUCAGCGAUGAGAGAGGAACCGGCUGCUGACCUCCAAGCUACCAACGUACACAAAGAAACAGAGUUAAUCAUCACCUGGCCAGAAAAGAGUCAAAGGCCCAAAACAAAACAAUUAGGGAGUAAUUUUGGCUUCCAGGAUAAUCCACAGGUGCCGGGCACCUUUGCCUUUAUUUCUCUUAUUUCCUUUUUGCUACGCCCAGGAAAUGGUUGCUCAUUUUACCUGAAUAGAGGCUCAGAGAAGUUAACUCCUUCAAGGUCACACAAUACAAAGCUGGGAUUGAAAUGGUUUGUAACUGACUUCCAAUCUUGUGUUCCUGUUACCUGGCAAACUGUCCAUAUCAAGCCAGAUCAUGAAUAACAACAUUUGUCCUUUGUGAUUAUUCACAUUUCUUCAUGAUUGACAAGUGGUAUGCUCAUUAGCUAUUUGAGGACUAUCUACUGGAGGAAUAUUGGAGGAAUUUUGCCUGGGCUUCAAAAGGGCUGAUAUACUGUACCACCGACUAUGGCAUGCUUUGCUGAUGAAAGACUAUGGGAACUCAACUUCAUGUAAUUUUACUUUCUGCCCACAUCCUUGGCUCCUGCUGAGAUAGUGAUGGAGACUGAAGUGGAGUGAAGAGGUGACGAGUAAUGUCUCGGGUCUUAGUGAUGCAGAGUGCAGGGCAAUGUGUCUGUGGAGGAGAUAGGGAAACAGUAGGCAGAGAUACUGACAGCUUAAUUCUGCCUCUUGGGCUCAUUUUAUGGUUAAUUAGGACAUGCAAAUGAGCUGGAAGCUCAUUUAAUACCCUUCUUGGCACGGAGGCCUGCCCCACACCUGGCCUAAUUCCUUGGCAGGUACUGAUGCCCUCUGAUUGGCCUAGGCAUCUUCUCAGGGCUCCACCUGCCUCUCUGUGGUCAGUCUGUAGAUAUUCUCCAACCACAGCAUCCACUGGAAGAUCCCUUCGCUACUGGGCAUGGUUGGUAGAACCUGCCAGAUCUCUGUUUCCUCUUUAUAGGCCUGCAGAACUAGAACCUCUCUUUCUUCUCUCCUCCAGGCUCCUCUGCAGCCUACCCUCAGGGUGAUCUCUAACCCAAACUGAUCUUGAGGAACAGACAUUUGACUCAGCUCUGCCAACUAUCCUCACCUGUUCCCCAGAGGCUCCAUAGGAGAGAGUCCUGUUUUUCUCAAGUCACCCCAACAUUCUCAGCAGGAUAAAAUCAAGAGUACCGAAGCUUCCCUGGAGAAGUGUCUAUUCAUUUCAGGUGAUCUCUCCAACCAGGGCAGUUAGGUGAUUCUGCCAGCACCAGGCAUUUCUAUAAAUUCCUGAUUUGGAGUCAAAUAGACAGGAAUCUAGACCCAGGCCUGUCAUUGUGUGGGCCUGCGCAUGUUGCCUGACCUGUUGGAGGCUCCUCUGCUCUCACGUGAAGCAGGGAUGAUGUGGGGCCACUGUCAGGUGUAAAGCCCAAAGUACUGGGGUGGAGUACACUGUUCCUAACACACAGCUUCUACAGAAACGGCACUAGCUACCCAUCCCCAGCUUAAUCACAGACCCCAAGGGACAAUACUGAAAAUAAACAGUGCUUUCUCUGAGCCCUGGUGUUCUGCUAAAAAGUACACCAUGACUAUCAUUUUAUCGAGGGACUGUGGCAAGGAUCAGAGGUGUGUAAAUGUGUUUUGUCCACUGUAGAGAUGUUGCUCACCUGGGCUGCUUUGCCAAAUGUUACAUUCAUCCUUUUUGUCAAGUAGGGAAGGAUAGCACCCUGGGCCAGACUAGGAAGGUGCUUGAGGCCCCCAUUGCCUAAGAACCUGCCCUAGGGACAUACUCAAUGUCUUAUGUACCAAAUUCUCCCUCUCUGACAACCUGGGGCCUCAAUUUCAGGCCAGGGAUAAAGUUGAAUGAGCCAAAUUCUGCUGGACAGCUGUUUGUCCUUGGUGGCCAGAGUUCCCUUCCAGGUCACAUCAUUCCUUUUCUCUAGACACCCUGGGGGCCAUCCCUAAGAUUCACCGUUUCCCCCAUGAAGCCUGAAUUUGACAAGACCUACUACUCCUUGUCCUUCCCGUGACCCCUUCCAUCAGUCCCAGCAUAUCCCUUCCAUCUACCUCCUCCAAGCCCAAUGCACACCCAUGCAAGCCAGGGAGUCAUCUUUGUCCCUGCAAGAGCCCCCAUUCUUACAUUCCAGUCCCCCACCGGAGUCCUCUCUCCCUCACCACCCCCAGUCCCCUAAAGCACCUCUGUGCUGCUCAGAGGCCACAAGUCGGUGUGCCCAUAGCUGGGGGCACAUCUCUCACAGGAGACCUUGACAAUUACUAAGUUCUUCUUUCCUCUGCAUCUCCUCAAGCAGGAUCCCUGACUGGACUCUACCCUGCCCAGGGACAGUAGGAAACAGCGUUCUGAGCCUCUGCUUAUUUUGAACUCUCCCCAACAUUGUACCUUCCCUCUCUGGCCUUCUGGCCAGGCAGGGUGGUUUGGGCAUCCAUUCGGAAGCUGUAUGUAGGUGCUGGUUCCAAGGGGGAAGCUGUCCUUAUCUAAGUAUAUGAUCCAGGGUUUGUAAGGAUGCUAAUGGGGUCUAGGAGCAGUUUGUGACAUCAUCGCUUCCUGUGUGUCCCAAAUGUCAAGUGGCCCACCCUUGCUCAAGUAGACCCCCAACUGGCUUGCUAGGCCUUGUUUCAGAACUUCUCACCCACUUUACCUAUGAAGGAGAUGGGUUGCCUUCAGUGCUCCAAGCUUGGGUCUGCCUGUGCCGUCCCGAGUACAGUUCCUGCUCAGACUGCCUUGAACCCUCCCAUAGGCCUUGGCUGUCUUGGCCUAAACCCCAGGACUUAGCUUGACAAGCUCCUUCUGUGCAUGCUUUCCUUCUCCUCCAGAUCUCUGAGCACCACCAAGGUAGUGACUACUCAGUAUUUCUGCUUCCAGUACUGAGCUCGGGGCUGCUGUGCGGUUUCCACUCCCCAGGGAGUCCUGAGCUGAGUGCACCAUUAGGGGCUGUUUUAGACAGCCAGUGGCCAAGCUUUUCUUGGCUGACCCUCUCCUACUCUGUUUCUCACAGCUUCAAAGUCCAUCUCCCAGGAAAGAGGGGAGUCGUGACCAGCUCCCGUCCGAGCAGGGAACUUCAGUAGACAGCCUCCCUCUAGCUCUUGUGCAGUCCCGACCCUGGUUCACUGCUUGGCUUCCCAAGCCAAUUCUAUUUUAAUUCCAGCUGGUGUGGGGUCUCACCUCCCUUCUCUCACCUAUCCGUUGUCAUGCUGUCACUGGGCUGCUCAGGCCUUUCAGAUGAUCGCAGCCACUUCUCUCUCAAGAGCCACUGAAGAAAUCACCUUUGUCCCAGCCCCCCCCCCCCCCCCCAAUUUUCUCCUUUUCUUGCCUGGCCUCUUUCCUCCAGCCUUCCUGACCUGGGUCACACCCAUGGAUGUCCUUUUUUACCUUCCUACCCCAGGAUGUUUUCCUAAAUUGCUACGCUUGAACAGGGACACCAAGUCUGCUAGAUCCUCCUCCCCUUAUUGUGACUAUUAAGGGAGGGGAGGGGUGGGCAGGGUAACAGGGAAGGAAAUUGAGAGUUGGGUGGUGAGCGCCUGCCUUCACCUCCAGUUCCACUUCUGGCCACACUCCAGGCAUUGUCUCCCCACCAGGCCCAGAAGGUGCACAGGCACUUGUGUGCAAGUUGUGGGAGAGGGCUGGACAUCACAAACUUAGCAAGGUGGUGUGUGUGUGUGUGUGUGUGUGUGGUGGUGGGGGGAGGGGGACUAGGUGGGUGCUGGGAUGGACUCCCAGACCUUGCUUAUGCUAGAUCCACACUCUACCACUGAGCCACCUCCUCCCUAGCCCUGAAUCAAGCACUUAAAAAAGAAAGUAAUGAAGUUUCUUCCAAAUGAGGCAAACACAACUGAACCCCUGUAUACCAUCAGCUCCCUGGGCAUCUCAGACAUGUCUGUGUUCAAUUCACACCUGCCAGUAGUCUAAAGACCACCAUCCCAGAGCCUUAGGCCAAAGUGAGUGAAGUGACUGUUCAGACCCUCUGAGGUUCCAAGGAAACUCAGAUGACAGAAAAUGGCUAAGUUUUGCACCAGCGAUUCCAGGGGUCCAAAGAACUCCACAAAGCUUCUGGCGUAGGCUUCAGGACCCUUCUGGGAGUAUAGGGAUCAAAUAGUGUCUCCAAGCUUCUUGCUUUACAGUUCACAAAGGAUGGGCAGGCUCCACUGUUCCAAGCCCUAUUUUGCCAACUGGGAAGGCUGAAUGCCUCACACUUCCUUAUCCCAGACUUUCCUUCAAACUACAGCCCAUCCAGCUGGAGAGGAAGAGCCCCGUCAUGCUUAGGCAAGUUGGACCAGGAGCUACAUUAGUAACUGUGGCCUGUGGAUUCCUCACCCACAUGGAAAAAGACCUGUCAAUGGGAUGCCAAUGAGGAAGCUGGGCCCGACAUGACAGAACUAAAAACUAGGAUACAGCACAACUGUAGACAGCCAGAGGGGCUGCUGCCUAUCUAUGGUGUGAAGACAGAGGGAAACCUCAUAAGGUAUGGGAGAGCUAGUAGUUACCGAAUGUCCAAGGUGUUGGCCUAUGCUAAACAUGAGGGGAAUAAGCCAUGUCAGAUAACACAGAAAUAAAAGCAAAAGCUUUUCCUUCUUAAUCCUUUCUAACAUCCUUGUGAGCCAAAGCAUCAGGAACUGGUGGUUCAUAAAGAACUGAUAAAUGUAAUUUGUAUAGGUGUUUUGUCUGCAUGUAUAUAUGUUCACCACAUUUAUGCAGUGCCCAUGGAACCAGAUAAGGAGUCGGGUACCCUAGAACUAGAGUUUAAUGGUUGUGAGCGGCCAUUUGGGUUCCGGGACCUCUUCAAGUGCAACAAGUGCUCUUAACUGCUGAACCAUCUCUCCAGCCUCCAACAGUGUUCUUGAUGACACACUACUGAUUCUAUGUUGUGCCUUUUGUUAAAAUCCUUCCCAGACUAAUACUGAUUUCCCCCCUCCAUAUUCAACUCAGCCAAUUCUACUAUCUACACUAGUCUUCCUCUUGUUUAUUCUCCACCAGCCAUCCUGACGUCUUCAUUAGUCUUCCAACAUGCCCAGCCUAUGCUAGAGUAAGGCCCUUACCCUUAUCCUUUCCCCGUGUGAAGACCCUACUUCCUCCCAGGCAGUUGGCAUGGGCUCUCACAUUUUCAGUGUUUCCUCACAUAAUCAACACAGGGACACAUAAAUCUUCCACCCACUUAUUCCUGUUGCCCGCUGUACCAUAUACUUUUUUUUUUUUUUACAGCAUCCAUAAUAAACACAAGGGGUUUCAACAGCUUUAUCUAUCCACAUGUGUGGUAUGUGCAGUGCGUGUGCCCAUGUGCCAGUGCACGUGUCCUUGCAUAUGUUUGUGAAGGCCAGAGGUCAAUGCUGAGUGUCUCCCUUUAUCACUUGCCACUUUGUUUUAAGAUGGGGUCUUUCACUGAACCUGCAGCUCAUUGUUUGGCUAGACUUGAUGGCCAGUCAGUUCCUGGGACCAUCUCUGUUCACUUGCCAAUGCUGGGAUUACAGGAAUCACUAGGCCCUGCGUUUUACAUGGGUGUGUGAGUGAUAAGGAUCCAAACUCAAGUCCUUUUGUUUACACAGAAAACACUUGGGGUACCUACGUACUCACUUAUCUCCCCAUCACAAUAUUUUGCCAUUUUCUAAAGAUUGAAAGUCUACAAGGGAUGAUAUUUGGAUAUGUUUGAUUCAUUGUUGUAUUCCAUGCAUUCAGAGCAGUACUGGUGUAGAGCACAAAUAACAGUAAUUGUUGAUAUUUCCAUGAAGAUCAUGCAUUUUUCUGCUUUGUAGGCCCUCCAAGUUUAGUGUUAAAAAUUUGAACAUGGGCAAGACUAAAGAAAAUCACUGAAAACAACAGUUCAAAGCAAGAGACACACAACUGUUUAAAAUGGGAAGCUUUAUUAAAGUUUUUCCUUUAUGGAAACAGCCAAUCUCUUGCAUAAGCAAUUAGCAGUUGGGCCUAGAACUAUAGUUGUCUGCUUCUUAACAAGCCCAAAGCAUUUGCAACUCUCAAGUUUCUUUCGAAGGCUGUUAAUGCCUGGAAAACAGAAUCCAUGUUGCCUUUCCAAGAAAGAACUAGGCAUCCAGUUCCAAAUCUCUAGCUGUUCUUAAAGGAACAUUUAAACAUGAUAGAGUUAAGAGGACUGCACAGUCAAUGAAUCCAAGAUGAAACUGCAGGAAGAGAAACCCAAGAUGAACCUAAUAGCUGUACUGUAUUUGCAAGAAUAGAUAUGUUUAUGUUCUGAGCAACUAAUAGCUGGGUAGUCAGACUUCUCAAUGCUCACAUUCAUUUGCUUCCCACAAGACAGGCUCUUCCCAGAUCCUAGAAGAACAUGCAGACCAAUGUGUCCUUUGAUGUUUGGGGUGGAUUCAGUGGUCUACGUUACUACAUAUUUAGCACCUUAAAUAAGCACAAGACUCAAAUAAAAGUAUAUUUUGAAAAUUA